AUGUCUGAGAAUACCGGCGCCGACGCCGACCCACCGGCCGAUCGCCAGCUAUUCGUGGCCUUCAAUCAGAACUCGUCGGGGCUGACAGUGGGCGCCGGCAGUGGGUAUCGGGUGUACGGGUGGCGCUCACCCGACAGACUGGAUUUGGUGGACGUGAACCGCUCCGGAGGUCGGGUUGUCAUCAUUGAGCGCCUCUUCUGCUCGUCACUCGUGGCCAUAGUAUACGAGUCGUCGCCACGACUGCUAAGACUCUAUCACUUCGUGAAGAACGUGGAGAUCAGUCACCACUCGUAUCACAACUCUAUAGUCAGCGUCCGUCUGAACCGCCAGAGACUCGUCGUAUGUCUCGCGGACACCCUUUAUGUCCACAACAUUCACGACAUGAAUCUGUUGACGACUAUCAGAGACACGGCUCCCAACCCGCGCGGGUUAUGCGCCCUAUCGGCCCACACAGACACCAACUGUGCGCUCGCAUACCCGGCCGCUAGUGACGGCCCGCAGUCAGUGGUCAUGAUAAUCGACGCGCAAACUCUUUGCCAGAAAGCCCUGAUAACGGCUCACGAGGACAGCCCGUUGGCCGCCAUUGCCAUCGACUUCUUGGGCGAAAACAUAGCGACCGCUUCGGAGAUUGGGUAUGAGAUCCGGGUGUUUAAGACAUCGGACGGACAGUGCGUUCGGGAGUUUCGACGCGGAUAUCCACCGCUACUCAGCUGUCUGUCCAUCCAUUCCCUGGCGUUCAGCAAAGACUCGCAUUUCCUGUGCCUCACGAGUAAUACACAAACGGUUCAUAUAUUUAGGCUGAAGGACAGGGAUGUAGACAAACUGCCGGAUGUGGAGCCCCAGGGAUGGCUAGAGUGUAUCAACUCGUAUGGGGCGCAGGCUGUCGACCAAUUGGCCAGUUAUUGGUCAUCGAUGACCGAUAUGAUGACCAGUGAGUGGCCAUCGAUGGCAACCGCAACGCUUCCAGAGUCUUGUGGGCCGCGGAGUGUGUGCGCUGUGACUGACAUUCAAGGGAUGCCACGAGUGAUGAUCGCAUCCACCGCCGGAUACCUCUAUGUCUAUGAUCUCAAUGCCGCUGAUGGUGGCGACUGUUCACUAGUCAAGCAGCACCGAAUAAUCGAUGCACGACUCCUUAAAAACAAGUAA